GUUUUCCCUUAAAAAAACGGUUUUUUCUUUUGGUGAAGACGACGGGGAAGAAGUCUCUCCCUUGUGUGGGUGUGUGUGUGUGAGGAUAACAAAACAAAACAGCCGCACCUCAAAAUUCCUUUUCAUGUGGUUUUGAUGAACUUGGGACACUUUUUCCAAAAAAAUAUUUGCAAUUCUUGCGAAAGGAGAGAAAAAUAUCAGCAAAAAUAUACCUACUUACCCAUAAGCUCCUUUUUAACAAAAAAAUAAGCCGAGUUCUUUGCAAAAAAAGUCAUGAAAAUCUCUUUAACAAAAAAAUUGUCAACCUUGUGUUGUGUUUGCACAUAAAAAAAAGCUCGAGGCGCUGAAGGAGAGUUUGAUAGUAAUUGAUACAAUGGGUUCGGGGCCUGUAGAUCCAAAAGAACUCCUAAUAGGGUUGGACUGCCUCCUUGGUAAAGAUGGGGAAAUUAAAAGUGGCGAUGAUGUCAUUAGAAUUUACAGGUUGAUGAAGGAGUCAAAAAAGUUAGUAAGCAGAUGUAUGUACUUAAAUAUCCUGCUGCAGACCAGGUCUGAGGAUAUCCUAAAUCAGUUCAUCAGCAUUGGCGGUUACAAGCUGCUGAAUAAUUGGCUGACCUAUUCCAAAACUACCAGCAAUGUGCCAUUGUUACAGCAGAUUUUGUUGGCUUUGCAGCUGCUACCACUCACUGUGGACCAUCUGAAACAGAAUAAUACAGCUAAGAUAGUGAAACAGUUGAGCAAGAGCUUUGAGGAUGAAGAGCUCAGGAAGUUGGCACAGGUUUUGGUCAACCAUUGGAUGACUGUCAUUCGAUCUCAGAAUAAACAGCCAGAGAAGAGAAAGAGGAAGGAUGAGAAGAAGGAUGAAGGCAAGGUUCGAGCACCAGUCUCCGAGAGAGUCCCAGAGCCCAAGUCAGACCUCCGAGUGGAGACGAAGGAGGAAGAAACGGAGAAGAAACGAGAAAAACCCAAAUCGUUACGGACAACGGCACCCAGUCAUGCCAAGUUCCGGUCGACAGGUCUGGAGAUGGAACCAGCAGCUCCCGUUCAGCCAAAAAAGAUGACCCUGGUCCAGUCAUUUCUGACAAGUACAACACUCAAGCCAGCACCUCUUAAGAGGACCAAACAAGAGAGCACAUCUUUAACAAGUAGUGCUGCACCGCAAGUGGAAAAGAAGUACAAACCAUUAAACGUGACACCUAACGCUACCAAGGAAAUCAAAGUCAAGAUCAUUCCGCCCCAACCUAUUGAGAGUACUGGUUUUCUGGAGGCGCUCAACUCUGCCCCAGUACAUGGGCUAAAAAUCAAGAAAAAGAAGAAGAUCACAUCUCCAACCAAUGUCAAGUCCAAUCCCUUUGAUCCAAAAGCCAGCCCUGAACAGAACAGCACCAAGCCUGCUUCUCCAGAAGCUGCCGUCACUGAACCCAUGGAUGUGGAGAGGUCUGCCACGCCUGUACCGCUGGAAGAGGUGUCCGAGCCCAUGGAGAUGACAGCCGUGGAAGAGGAUAACCCAGCAGCCGUGGCUGCAUCAGUGGCCGAGCCAUCUCUCCCCGAGGUAACGCCAGAAGCAGCCAAAUUGACCAAGAAGGGAAAGAAGAGGAAGACUGUGUCGUGGCGUGAGGAGUCCAAGCUGCGGGAGUAUUUCUACUUUGAACUGGAUGAAACGGAGAGAGUCAACGUGAACAAGAUCAAAGACUUUGGUGAAGCUGCCAAGCGCGAAAUGAUGAUGGAUCGGCAGGCGUUUGAGACGGCUCGCAGGCUAAGCCACGACACAAUGGAGGAGAAGAUCCCCUGGGCGUGCCCGGUUUUAAUUGAUUUGGGCCCUCAGCUCGCAGAGCGGGGCAGUAAUAGUCAGGAGAAGUUCAUUCAGGAGGAGCGAGAGAAAGGAAUCCUGCAGGAAAUCUUCCUGUCUAAAGACUGCGUUCCGGAGAGCCCCCAUGAGCCUGAUCCCGAAUCCUAUGAAACCAUUCCGCCCAAGGUCAUUCCGCUGGAUGACGAGAAUGGUGUUGAAGAGCCGUUAUAUGAGGAGCCGCUGCAGGCGAUAGCUGGCUCUCAGUCUCCAGAUGGCUCUGGAAGCUCCAAACUGCCUCCGGUGUUGGCCAACCUCAUGGGCAGCAUGGGCGUGGUGAAGGCACAACAAGCUGGCUCCAAUUCCAACUCCAGCAUCAACGUCCAGGAGCUGCUCACCUCCAUCAUGAGCAAUCAGAAGCCCAUCGAGGAGUUGGUCAAACAGCCAGAGUUUUCAGAUAAAAUCAAACAGCUCCUUGGGCCACUGCAGCAGCAGGCUCCUUCAGGACAGCAGAUGAUGGGCCCCCCUCCGGCCAUGAACGGUUUCCCUCCAGGCCCCAACAACAUGCCUCACUUCCCUCCCGGCGGCCCGGGGGGGCCAGGUGGACCUUUCCCAGGUCCCCACGGCCCCGGCGGCCCCAGGAUGAUGGGCCCCCCCCAGCAGCGGGAUGGUUACUGGGACCAGCCCAACGACAACAUGAGGGGUCCCCCCCAUGGCAUGCGGGGUGGGCCCUACCCGCGGGGGCGGGGCCGCAGCAACGACCAGAGCUUCAGGGGCCGGUGCGGGAGAGGCCACCCCCAUGGUGGGGGCAGGGGUGCACAUGGCAAUGGAAUGGGAGGCAACCACGGUGGAGACAUGUCAAACAGACCACCGUGUCGGCAUUUCAUGAUGAAAGGCAGUUGCCGCUAUGAAAGCAACUGUGCCUUCUACCACCCUGGAGUGAACGGCCCCCCACUGCCUUGAAGCCCACGGCAGGCUGGUACAUGCAGCGGUUAAGCUAACCUUGACUGAAGAGAGCUGAAGAGCAUUCUGGCUGGGCCAGGCACUCUGAUUCCUGUGGAGAUUCCUGACACCAGAGCGAGCAGGCCUCCCUCUAUCCUGUGGAGAGUUUGAACAGUUCACUGCUGUAUCACAGACGUGCAGGACCCUGUCUGGGUCUCCAUCACAGUCUACACAGGCUUCAGAACAAUGAAACUGAAAGGACAUUAGGCAUGGGAUUUAGACCACUACAAUGUGUUCACUGUUGCACAGACACUGGACCCAACUGUUCCCCUUCACCCUUUUCCUCUUUCUCUUUGCCUCUGUGAGGCUCAUUUAAGGCAGCUUGAACUGCAGCUGAACUUUGAAGGAGAGAGAAAAACAAACUGUGCUUUCUCCUUUUAAGUCUGCACCAAAUACUUCUUCACCACUACAGACAAAGUGACAAAAGCUCCCCUCUACCUGUUUGGUUAUUUGCAACUGGUGGUGAAGCAGAGCGAAGCGGAUCACACGUGGUCUGAAGAUUGGGUGAUGUCUCCUCCCUCCCUCCUCCAUUUGCGAGUCCGUUACGUUGGAGACAGGCAGCGCAGAGGCACCUCCUCGGACUAGGCAACUACUGAACGCUUCUACCUCUGCACAAGAAAAGUGCCAGUCAACUAUUUCAACACUGCAUUCGACACCCAGCGAACCUUCUGUUUCACGUUUGGACUUUUGCUUUCCAUUGAGUGGAAGGAAUCCACUCCCUUGGACUAGUUCAACUCGUGCUCUUUUGCAAGUUGCUUUCCUUCUGACUUUUUUUUCUUUGCCCCCUGUCCGUCCCAUCCACCUAUUUCCAUAACACAAGUGCUGAUAACCUUCCAGUCGCUUCCUCACUGUGCAGUGGCUGAAAUCUUUUCCAACUAUUUUUGUAAAUAUCUAUUUUGUAAUAAGUGCGCGGUGUGUUACUGACGGGGACGGUACUGUGUGCCUGGCAGCUGGCGUCCUCUGGCUGAGCUUGUGGUCUUUGUUCAGCAACCAUCAGUACCAUGUCACUGCCUGCAUCACCCUCUUCUCCCCCCCCCCAAGUUAGCAAGGCAUAUCCAGUGACGUCCACCCCACCUGUUCGCCAAAGUACAGUCAUAAACUAGAGGCCAAUAUUUCUCCCCCCCCCACCCCCUUCUCUCCCUCGCUUGGAAUUGUUGGCUAACCGUGACCAGUCUGGGUGUGAGCGCAGGUUGCGGUUCCCAAGGUGAUGACGUUCUUUAACGUGUUUGGUUCAUGGGACGCUGGCAAUUUGGAAACCACUGUUUCACAGACCCCUCCUCCAGCCCUGAGGGAAAGUUAUUCCACAGAUGUGUGAUUUAUUAAACAAGGCCAGUUAGAGUAACCUCACAGUCUCUUUUAAAGUUGCAUCUCGAGGACAAAGGAGUUCUGCCUUGACAGAGGAAGAGUGAGAGCCUGUGCAAGCAGCCAAUGGGUCGCCCCUGAAAUAACCCUCGGCCUGUUCCCCACAGACCAUCUGACAUCUCUACUUGCAUUAUUUUUUUUGUUAAAAGCUUUGACCCCUCUUGCUCUGCACCCAAGGGUCCACCAGUAAACAUCUGGCGGUGCCCAGCAUAUCUUCCUGUGGAAACUCCAUAAAACCCAACUUGAUGGGUUUCAUUCCAGGUUUGGACAUCUGAUAUGUUUAGUGAGGUUUGUUAAGGAAGCGGGGAGACACUAUCCUUGGGUCUCUGUAAAGUUAAAUUUGAUUCUUCUUUUGAAAAGAAAAUGGGCUUAGUUUUGAACUGAGGCUGGGAUGGUUCAGCCAUACUUUAAUUGAAAAUCCAAUGCACUUGAGUUUGAUUUCAAAGGGGGCAGUUAUUUUUGUUUCUGGCUUCUCAGAAUUUGGAUGAAGCCCCUGAUCAGAUGGUGAUGCCCCUGGUCUCAUCUCCACCUGCCGCUAAGUGAUUCACAGCCAGUAAAUGUGUGCAGUUCGAAAAGGGCAUUGUAAAUGAUGCUCCCCAGUACCGAACCCACACUGACACCAAGAGCUUCUGAGCUUGCGUAGCCCCUUGGGAGUGAGGAGGAAUGGGAAAUGUUGCUAGGAAGUCUGUACUGUUGUCAAGGGUCGACCAUUCUGAUUUGUACAGGCAGGACGUAUUGGAUCAGCUAACCCAGUCAACAUUGCACUAACAGUACUGUUAUACACACAAUGGCAGCCUAAUCUCUAGGGUGGUUUCCUUCAGAACGGUGUUUAAUUUUUACAUUUGUGUAUGUCCAAUGUUUGUCUAGUUUGUUCUUUUUUAUAUAAAUAUAUAUAUUCAAAAUAUACCCCAUCAGAGCCGAUGCGGUGAUAAUGGCUGCUACUGAUCAUUUUACAGCUCAGUUUUUUUUUUGAACAAAUGGAUAUUGUACAAUUCUGUCAUUGUGCUUAAAAAUAUAAAUAACCAGGAAGUUUUUUUUUAAUAAACCAAUAAAAGUAUUUUGAAAA